GUUAAUCAGCGAUCUUGUCGGUGAGGCGAUCUAUAGACGGCCUGGACUCCCCGAUUGCGCAGACUGGAACAGUCUGCGCUACAGGCAGCAGAAAGCCUUGUUGGAAGAUUAAUGAAGUUAUCACCUGACUUGGCUGCUUACGUCAGCCGUGGAGAACCGACUACUUAUGUCCACAUACUCGCCAAAAAGAACGGCAUCGCCAUCUCCUGCCACAGAACAGAAACGAAUGCGACUCUCUGAAUCCGCGAGCACAUCUGCGGCGCGUGCUGGUGACUUCUCAACUCUCGCUUCAUCCGCAAACACUCCAGACGUGGCUGGCGAGGAAGGAGAUGCAGGAGACGUAUCCAUGCAAGAAGCUGAAGAACAAGAAGAGGGGCAUGAUGAAGAUGAAGCUGAUGACAAUGAAGAGGCAGAAGGGGACUCUGCCCAGGCAGAGGCGAACCGAGCACGUCUUGAGCAACAGGCGCGCAAUUAUCUUGCUGCACAGACUCACGAAGUUAUCAUUCCAUCAUACGCUGCGUGGUUUGAUAUGUCGCGGAUCAACAAGGUCGAGGAGCGGGCACUACCCGAAUUUUUUAACUCGAGGAAUCGGAGUAAGACACCUGCUAUAUAUAAGGAGUAUCGUGAUUUCAUUAUUAACACCUACCGACUUCGGCCCCGGGAGUAUCUCACCGUGACUGCGUGCCGGCGGAAUCUUGCCGGAGACGCUUGUGCUAUCCUUCGCGUACAUGCUUUUCUUGAGCAGUGGGGUCUUAUCAAUUAUCAGGUGGAUCCUGACACACGCCCGUCCGCACUCGUCCCUCCAUUCACGGGCCAUUUCCGAGUAAUAAUCGACACGCCUCGCGGUCUCCAACCGCUUCAUCCAGGGACGACCCGGCCUCCUUCAUCCCUCCCUGUUCAGGAAAGCAAAGCAGGAGCCGGCGCAAAACGUGCCACAUCCGAACUUACCCUUCGCCAAAACGUCUAUCAAACAUCCACGAAAUCCUCGCAGCCUAUCACCGCUGAAGUUGCCACUGAGCUCGCCAACCAAACUGCGUCCAAUAAAACCGGCUUCGCCACCUACUCUUGUGAUACCUGUGGGGCUGAUUGCACAGCAGAGCGAUACCACUCGUUGAAAGCCAACAAUUUUGAGCUAUGCCCGAAUUGUUACCUGGAUGGGCGCUUCUCUUCAAAGAUGUUUAGCGGAGACUUCGUGCGGCUCACCGCUUCCAGCGAGUUCAAACACGGGGAUGGUAUUCAUGCUGACGACUGGACCGAUGCAGAAAUAUUGCUGCUUCUGGAGGGAAUUGAGAUGUACGAGGACGAUUUUCAAGCGGUCAGUGAACACGUCGGGACACGUACCAAGGAACAAUGCGUCGCACAAUUCCUUCAGCUUCCCAUUGAGGAUGAUUAUGCUAAUCCUGGAAGCCAAGGUGAUCUAGGUCCCCUUCAAUAUGCUCGCGUUCCCUUUGAAAAGCCAGACAACCCCAUCAUGAGUGUCGUCGCAUUCUUGGCUGGCGCUGUAGGGCCCGGAGUAGCUGCUGCUGCCGCUCAGGCCGGGAUGUCUGAACUCACGGAGAGUUUGAAGCGGAAAGCCGCUAAAAGGGCCGAGGAACGGGAGAAGGCGGGGAACGGCGUAACAAAAAUGGAGGAAGUAGAAGACAGUUCUAUGACAAACGACAGAAAAUCUGCCUCCAACAGCGGUGCAAAGUCCACUACCAUUCCGCGUUCAACGGUGGAAAAGGCAGCUGCCAUAGCGCUCUCGACGGCAGCUGCCAAGUCCAAAGCCCUGGCAUCGCACGAAGAAGACCGGAUUCGGGCCCUCACCGCCAAGCUUGUUCAAGCUCAAUCAACCAAACUUGAACUCAAACUAGAACAGUUUGAGGCAAUGGAGGAGCUGGUGGAGGAGGAACGGCGUGGGCUUGAGGAGGCUCGGCUGAUGCUAUUCCGCGAAAAGGCUAAUCUCACAAACCAGCUUGUGGAGCUUAAAAACAUGGUGUUGCAACAGAGGCAUGUGGGCGGGAAUAUUCCUGCCGGCUUCGAAGCCGGCUUCAAUGCGCUUGCCUCGGCCGACGUUUCUCGCGCUGUGGAGGUGCCCGUCCAAGAUGCAGGUUACACAGGGGGUGCAAACAUUACUCAGUUGCAUUAGAGAGUGUGGAGUAUAUAGUAUUUGGCUGCCUUUAUUCUUGUUGUAGUCGUAUCGACUUCCUUUCACGGCAUUGUACUAUGUAUUGUCCCGCCAAAUGGACGUUUAGUGUUGGUCAUAAUUAUUACAAGUUAAUAUGCAAC